AAAUUUAUAAAAGCAACGGUGCCUAUAACUUUGUUGUCACUUAUCAGCAUAAAUGGCUAAGGAGAAGCAAGUGCUGAUCGAUCUAGAACAAAGAAUAAAGCAAAACGGCUUUAGUGACAACGAACCACCAGAGAUGAUCUUGGAUGUAACCAAGGAGAAUGAAACCGGAUCUGGUAUCCAGGGAGCAGCUCAGGAAGCUAUGGUUUCGACCACGACUAAAUCGGAUUCUCUCUCUGAGCCUGCGAUUCCCGGUUUAUGGUCUUCUACGUUUAGCAAAGACUAUUGUUGCAUCUAUAGAGUACCGAACCCGUUACGGAGAGUGAAGCCAGAGGCAUAUACUCCUCAGAUGCUUCUAAUCGGUCCACUUCAUCAUUAUAAGAAAGCUGAAGCCCCUGAGCUCUCCAAAACCGAUUUAAGAUACUUGGAUUAUAUGAACAUGGAGCGUCACAAGAAGAAAUACCUUACUCGUAUUGCAAAUAUAUAUGGGGAAACUAUCGAUGAGUUCAGGAGAAUCAUCCAAAUAGAUGAGAUUUUCAUAAGAAAAAGCUACGCUGAAUCAACAGAUUGGAUCAGAUCCCAAGAGUUUCAGGAAAUGAUCCUCUACGACUGGGUAUUCAUCUUAUGGUUCUUCAUUCAGACCGGCACUGGAAAAAUUAUCGGGAGAGAAGAUAUUCUUUUCGAGGAGCCUUAUCUCAUAACCACGAUUUUACAAGACCUAAUGUUGCUCGAGAACCAACUUCCUUUUGCUCUUUUAGAGAAACUCUUCGAACCUUUUGUCAUCCAACUUCAAAUUAAGGAAACGUUCCGUGACAUUACCCUUCGCGUUUUUCGGUUCGAAGGAAAGAUAAAAAAAGAAGUGAAAUUCCGACAUUUUACAGAUUUGUUACGACGUGUACGUGUCGAAACACUUGGUCUGUCUAAAGAAGAUAUUAGUAGAGCAAAAGCUGAGCCAACGAAGAGCAUACGGAGUCUAUACAGUGCAAGCCAACUAGAGAGUGCAGGAGUAGAUUUUGCUCCUAAUAUGGAUGAUUUAUCUUUGGUGAUUAAGUUUGAAGCCGGAAUCUUGAGAAUGCCUUGUUUGAUAGUUGAAGACAACAACGAAAGAGUUAUUAGGAACUUAAUGGCACUCGAGCUAUGUCAUUACCCGUCCUCAGCCUUUGUUUGUAACUACAUUGUUUUGUUGGACUUCCUCAAUGAAACCGAGCAAGACACUGACUUGCUCAUCAAGAAAGGAGUUAUAAGAAAUUGGUCGAUACGUCAAGAUGUGGCGAUGGCGACGGAAAUGUAUUACUAUAUAGCCGAAAGCCUCAACAGAAAUUACCGCAACAAAUAUAAAAGAAUAGGAUAUUAUGAAUACCGUAUCCGCAGCCCCCUCUGUACUCUCCGGCAGGUCUACUUCAAAGACCUUUGGAGCGGAACUGCCACCGUUGGCGCCGUCGUCAUCGUGGUGUUGACUUUGAUCGGGACGGUCGCUUCCGUUCUCCAAGUGAAGAAAAACAGCAAUAAUGCCACUAAGUCUACGCCGCCUCCGCCCUCAAAGCCCUAG